AUGCCUUCAUUUGAAGCGCCAUGUGUAGAGCUAGGUAGUGGACCCAGAACACCUAGCUUCACGCUUUCACCAACGCCCUCCGAAAUAUCUACAGCCAGUUCACCAGAACCAGUCAACGUUAGACCUACUAUGUUGUUUAGAGCUUUAGCUAUACCCCCUCCUGACCCAGAACAACCACCUGGUCAGGACGAAUUGGAACGUCGCCUGCCUGGUUACAGACGAAUCGUUAUACCACGUGAACUAACAUUGUUAGAAUUACUGAAACAAAGCACUGGUGUGAAUACUGACGAAGAAAUACUGCGUAUUCGUGAGGCCAAACUUCGCGUAAUUGCUGAUAGAAUCGGUUUGAGGAGGCUCCACAUCUUUGCACCUAGGCUACGCAAGCUGAUUCUCGACGGUAGUGCUAUUGGAUCCUUACGAGAACUGGGGAUAGGUUUGACUCGUCUUAAGAUUUUGAGUAUAAAUCGAUGCAACUUGACCUCUUUGGAUGGAAUUUGGGGAUUGGGUUCCUUAAGAGAAAUGUAUGCAGCUGGUAAUCGACUUCAAGAUUUGCAGCCAUUGGCCGUUCUGCAAAAACUGCACACGCUCGACCUGGCCAACAAUCCAAUAGCAGAGUUUAGCCGCCUAUGGACCUUGGGUGUAUGUGGGUCUCUUCGCCGGAUGACCUUACAGGGCACUCCAGCUUCGGACAUGCCUGAUUACCGUUCUGCUGUAGCCACAGCACUACCGAUGCUUGUUUAUUUGGACGAGAGGCCUCUGCAUGUGGAUAUCGACUAUGAAUCUAGCGGGGAACUGGGCGAAACAUCAUCUUCGGACAGCGACGCAGAGCUGGAAAAUGAUGCACAGGAAGCUGUUCUUUUUAAACAACCAUCAGACGAACCUACACCCGGACCAUCAUCUUCAGAAAUGGAUAUACGAAAUUCAGGUCAAGACGGCGUCAAUGGACAGCAAGAGCUUGCCGCUUUACAGAAAAAACGUUCCAUACUCCGUUCUCGACCAGCAACGACGGAGAAUGCCGGAGUCAGACCUACCCGACCGGAGCUGCCGCCGAGACCUCGGACGGCCCACGACAGGCCUGUUAUAGAUGAACAUAGUAGGCUACAGAUAUUGAGCACGCUAAUGGAUGACGAGUGGCUAAGCAGCGGUAGUAAGCUGACAUCAGUCGACGCAAUGUGUGGAAAUUUGGCAAAUGCUUUGCGUCGCACCACAUCGAAUACUCCACGAAGCUGCAAAGAUGAUGACGACAACCAAUCAUUAUUACAAGACACUAUGACGGAAGCCUUGAAGUCUGUAGCGGAGGAAAUACCACGAGCCCCUAACCUCGAAGACUGGCUUAAGUUUAAAGAAAAUACUGGGAUUGAUAUCGACAUAAAUCUUAAUGAACGUCAAGAAUGUCCCGAUGCUUCUAAGAUACUCGAACGUUUAGAACAAAUAGAAAGGGAGACUCAAGAAAGAUACAAGGGUGCGCCGAGCGAAACUGGUGAACACAGUAACUUUAUUCAUUCUUUGCCAAACGUCGCAUUUCAUAGUAUCCCCACAAGAAGUGAUUAUGAACUUUGGAAUGACCCUGGUUCGUCGCAUUCACAAUUUAUGGAUAGUGAUAUUAACACCUUUUUCAAUAAAGUCAGUGAAAUUCAUUCCGUAGAUAGAGAAGGAAGGUUUAGGGUUUCUAGAAACAAUAACAGGCAAACGGAGUAA